GGAGGUGGUCACACUGUUUCCACCCGUCGACUACCGAGGAACGAACGUCGCGUUUUAAAAAACAAAUCAUCAAACGACUCGGACGCGAAAUCUAAGCGACUGGCGAAAAAGUUUCCAGUUUAGUCUGUAAAUUAUCAAGUGAACCAAAACGAUAACAAAUCAUAUUCUUCGCCUUCCCGCCACAAAUGUUUUCGGCCAGCAAAAUAGCUUGCUAAGUUAAUGCUGCAUAUAUGACAGGCCCACACGACAACGACAGCGACUGAGACAAAAUGAGCCGCCAACAUCAGCGGCACCACCAGCAGCACCACCACCUGCCGCCGCAGCAGCAGCAACCACUGCAGCAACAACAACAGCAGCAGCAGCAGCAGCUGACGGCGCAGCAGCAGCAGCAACAUCAGCUGCUCAUGGCGGAGCACGCGGCUGCCGCGGAGGCAGCGGAGCUGUUCGACCUGCUGUGCGUGGCCACCACGAUGCGCCAGAUCCUGGCGCUCCAUCGGGCCAUGUGCGAGGCGGUGGGUCUGCGGCCGUCGCCCCUCAACGACUUCUACCCGCGGCUCAAGGCCAAGGUGCGGUCGUGGAAGGCGCAGGCUCUGUGGAAGAAGUUCGACGCCCGUGCCGCCCAUCGGGUGUACGGAAAGGGAGCCGCCUGCACCGGCACCCGCGUCCUGGUCAUCGGAGCCGGCCCCUGUGGCCUGCGCACCGCCAUCGAGGCGCAGCUACUGGGUGCCAAGGUGGUGGUGCUGGAGAAACGCGACCGCAUCACCCGCAACAAUGUGCUCCAUCUGUGGCCCUUCGUCAUCACGGAUUUGCGCAAUCUGGGCGCCAAGAAGUUCUACGGCAAGUUCUGUGCCGGCUCCAUCGAUCACAUCUCCAUCCGGCAGCUGCAGUGCAUGCUGCUUAAGGUGGCGCUGCUCCUGGGCGUGGAGAUCCACGAGGGCGUUAGCUUCGACCACCCCCUGGAGCCCUCCGGCGAUGGUGGCGGCUGGCGGGCGGCGGUCACUCCCGCGGAUCAUGCCGUCUCCCACUACGAGUUCGAUGUGCUGAUCGGGGCGGAUGGUAAGCGAAACAUGCUGGACUUCAGGCGGAAGGAGUUCCGCGGAAAGCUGGCCAUCGCCAUCACGGCCAACUUCAUCAACAAGAAGACGGAGGCGGAGGCCAAGGUGGAGGAGAUCAGCGGGGUGGCCUUCAUCUUCAACCAGGCCUUCUUCAAGGAGCUGUACGGCAAGACGGGCAUCGACCUGGAGAACAUCGUCUACUACAAGGACGAGACGCACUACUUUGUGAUGACGGCCAAGAAGCACAGUCUGAUUGACAAGGGCGUCAUCAUCGAGGACAUGGCCGAUCCCGGCGAGCUGCUGGCCCCGGCCAAUGUGGACACACAGAAGCUGCACGACUACGCCCGCGAGGCAGCCGAAUUCUCCACCCAAUACCAAAUGCCCAACCUGGAGUUCGCCGUUAAUCACUACGGCAAACCGGACGUGGCCAUGUUCGACUUCACCUCCAUGUUCGCCGCCGAGAUGUCCUGCCGCGUUAUCGUCCGCAAGGGCGCCCGCCUGAUGCAGUGCCUCGUGGGCGACAGCCUGCUGGAGCCCUUCUGGCCCACAGGAUCGGGCUGUGCCCGCGGCUUCUUGUCGAGCAUGGACGCGGCCUAUGCCAUUAAGCUGUGGUCCAACCCCCAGAACAGCACCCUCGGUGUGCUGGCCCAGCGUGAGAGCAUCUACCGACUGCUCAACCAGACCACGCCGGACACCCUGCAGCGCGACAUCAGUGCCUACACCGUGGACCCGGCCACACGCUACCCGAACCUCAAUCGGGAGUCGGUCAACAGCUGGCAGGUGAAGCACUUGGUGGAUACGGACGAUCCGUCCAUUCUGGAGCAGACCUUCAUGGACACGCACGCCCUGCAGUCGCCGCAUGUGGACACGCCCGGUAGACGCAAGCGACGCAGUGGAGACCUAUUGCCGCAGGGGGCCACUUUGCUGAGAUGGAUUAGCGCCCAGCUGCAUGCCCAUCACUUUAUUCCGGAGCUCAAGGAGGCAUCGGAUGUGUUCCGCAAUGGACGAGUUCUCUGUGCGCUCAUUAAUCGCUAUCGCCCUGAUCUCAUCGACUUUGCUGCCACCAAGGACAUGAAUCCCAUGGAGUGCAAUGAGCUGGCCUUUGCCGUCCUGGAGCGCGAACUGCACAUCGAUCGGGUCAUGAGCGCCAAACAGUCGCUCGACCUGACCGACGUGGAGUCGCGCACCUGGCUGAACUAUUUGGACCAGAUAUGCGAGCUGUUCCGCGGCGAGAUCCCGCACAUCAAGCACCCCAAGAUGGACUUCAGCGAUCUGCGGCAGAAGUAUCGCAUCAACCACACGCACGCCCAGCCCGAUUUCUCCAAGCUGCUGGCGACGAAGCCCAAGGCCAAGUCGCCGAUGCAGGAUGCUGUGGACAUACCCACGACGGUGCAGCGGAGGUCGGUUCUGGACGAGGAGCGGGCCAAGCGGCAGCGCCGCCACGAGCAGCUCCUCAAUGCGGGCGGAGCUUCGGCGGGAACUGCCGGAGUGGCUGGAAGCGGAACGGCCACCAGUGCGCCGCAGGGUCAAAACGAUACACCACGUCGGUCGAAGAAGCGCCGCCAGGUCGACAAAACCGCCAAUAUUGAGGAGCGCCAGCAGCGCUUGCAGGAGAUCGAGGAGAAUCGGCAGGAGCGGAUGAGCAAGCGGCGCCAGCAGCGCUACCACCAGACACAGAACUUCUACAAGAGCCUGCAGCUCCUCCAAGCGGGCAAGCUCCUGCGGGAGGGCGGCGAGGCCGGGGUGGCCGAGGAUGGCACCCCCUUCGAGGACUACUCGAUAUUCCUCUACCGCCAGCAGGCGCCCGUCUUCAACGAUCGUGUCAAGGACCUCGAGCGGAAGCUUCUGUUUCCCGAUCGCGAACGGGGAGACAUUCCCUCGGCGCUGCCGCGCACGGCGGACGAGCAGUUCAGCGAUCGCAUCCGGAACAUGGAGCAGCGGAUGACGGGACGCGGUGGUCUCGGCGGCGACAAGAAGCCCAAGGACCUGAUGCGGGCCAUCGGCAAGAUCGAUUCCAACGACUGGAAUGUGCGCGAGAUCGAGAAGAAGAUCGAGCUGUCCAAGAAGACCGAGAUCCACGGUCCCAAGGGUCGCGAGAAGGUGCCCAAGUGGAGCAAGGAACAGUUCCAGGCGCGCCAGCACAAGAUGUCCAAGCCGCAGCGCCAGGAUUCGCGCGAGGCGGAGAAGUUCAAGGACAUCGACCAGACCAUCCGCAACCUGGACAAGCAGCUGAAGGAGGGCCACAACCUGGACGUGGGCGAGCGGGGUCGCAACAAGGUGGCCUCCAUCGCCGGCCAGUUUGGCAAGAAGGACGAGGCCAAUUCGGACGAGAAGAACGCGGGCAGCAGCAAUGCCACCACCGCCACCAACACCAACAACACAGUCAUACCCAAAUCUAGCUCCAAGGUGGCGCUGGCCUUCAAGAAGCAGGCCGCCUCCGAAAAGUGCCGCUUCUGCAAGCAAACCGUCUACCUGAUGGAGAAGACCACCGUGGAGGGUCUGGUCCUGCAUCGCAAUUGCCUUAAGUGCCACCACUGCCACACGAACUUGCGUCUGGGAGGCUACGCCUUCGAUCGGGACGAUCCGCAGGGUCGCUUCUACUGCACCCAGCACUUCCGGCUGCCGCCCAAGCCGCUGCCACAGCGCACCAACAAGUCCAGGAAAUCCGCUGCCGCUCAACCCGCCUCUCCUGCCGCACCACCGACGGCUGGAACGGUACCCGCUGCGGCGGCGAGUACCGAGCCCAUGGACACCACUCCGCCCAGGGACCAAGUGGAUCUGCUGGAGACGUCGCGAGCCACCGCCUCCGCCUCCGCCGAUGCCAUGUCCGAUGACGAGGCCAAUGUCAUCGACGAGCACGAGUGGUCGGGUCGCAACUUCCUGCCCGAGUCCAACAACGAUUCCCAGUCGGAGCUGUCCAGCUCGGAUGAAUCCGACACGGAGUCGGACUCGGAGCUGUUCGAGGAGGCGGAUGACUCGCCCUUUGGCGCCCAGACCCUCCAGCUGGCGUCGGAUUGGAUUGGCAAGCAGUACUGCGAGGAUAGCGAUGAUUCCGAUGAUUUCUACGAUUCUAGUGAAGACGAUGGCAAGGAUGACACCGAGGGUGAGGAGUUCAAGAAGGCCCGCGAACUGCGCCGCCAAGAGGUUCGCCUGCAGCCCCUGCCCGCCAAUCUGCCCACGGAUACGGAGACCGAGAAACUUAAGUUAAACGUAGACAAUAAAGAGAAUGUGGUGGACAGAAGCUCUCUGAAAUCGGCCAACUCCUUUGAGUCCGCCCGCAGUCAGCCCUCCACGCCUCUGGCCACGCCCACUCGUGUGGAAAUGGAGCAACUGGAGCGGAAUGCCCCCCGUAAGUUUAGCAGUGAGAUCGAGGCGAUCAGCGAGAAACUUUACCACAUGAACAACAUGGUCAAGAUGAACAAGGACCUCGAGGAACUGGCCAAGGAGAAUCUUGUCAAGAGCGACAUCCUACGCAAGCUCACGCUGAAGGAGAAGUGGCUGGCUGAGAAUGCAGCCAUAGCAGCUGGCCAAAAGGUGGCUCCGGCUCCAAUCUCUGAUGGUCCUGUUCUCCAACCCAAGUCCAAAUUCGAUGAGAAGUUCGAGAAGGUAGUGAGUCCAUCUCAACCGGCGGCGGAAGCCAAACCCAAGCCUGUCAUUGAUUUCAAUCUCGAUGAGCUGAAGCCACGAAAACCCAACUUUGAAGAGCGUCCAAAGGAGCAGCUGCCUCGGCCAGAGGGUUUGAAAAAACCCAAGGGCAGCAGCACCAACGUGAGUCGUUCCAACAGCUUAAGAAGCAACGCCAGCAACGGAAGUCCAAAGGUGAAAAAAGCACCCAUUCCCAGUGACAGCAGAAUGCAAAUCCAAGGGAUCUUGGGCACUUUAAAAAAGAUUCAGCGCCAGAACAGCAGCGAUCAGGAUGAAGAAAUGGACGUAGAUGAUGAGGCGGAUGUCGAAAGGCAACCCAAUAAGCAGCUCAACAGCAAGUUAAAGGAAAUCCAGGCCAGCAGCUUUGCCGGCACCAUGGAUCACAUCAAAUCCCAGUUGACAAUGCCAACCGUAAGCGCCCAGGCACCGGCCUCCAUGGACCUCUCGAAGUAUUUCCCCAACCAGAAGCAGGAGAAGAGCUCUGCCAGCAGCACAAACAAGAACCAGGUGACCCUCAAGGAUGUUAACCUGUCCAAAUACUUUCCCAGCAGUCCGGCUCCGCAGCGCCGAACCGUAGAGACAGUAGCCGAGCGACUGAAGAAGUCGCAGACUGAGGCAUCCCUGGCCAAAUCCAAGGUCCAGGAGGAGAAGUCCAAAAACCAGGAGGAGAAGUCCAAGAACCUGGAGGAAAAGUCCAAGGUGCAGGAGGAAAAAUCUAAGAACCAGGAGGAGAAGGCAGGGCAGCCCAAAAAGAACCCUGAGAAGGUGGCGGAUUCCAAGCCAGUGCCACCCAAACGACAGGCCUCAUUGGACACGUUUAGCUUAAGGGAGCACCAAAUGGAUGGAGCACUUGACCUGACCAAAAAGAAGGCUCCCGCAAAGGCGGCUACGACGGUUAAGAAACCAGCCAAAUUGGGAAGUACCACAACCGUGACAAAAGCCACAGCCACGUCCAAAGGAAAGACCAUUAAGAUUGUAAAGAAAAUUGUACCCAAGGGAACUAAAGCUAAAAAGGCGGCAGCCCAAGAAGCAGCGGCGGCUGCAGUCGAAGAUACUCCAGAGGAGGCACCCCCACCCCCAAAGGAUGAAGCUGAACGAAUUUUGGAUGAAAUCCUGGGAGACGGAGAGGUGCGCUCGCCCAGCUCCGAGUAUCAGCGAUUGUUUCAGGAUGAAAAGUCACCCAGCGAUCUGUCCGACAACAUUGAUCGCAUACUCGAGGAAACUGGGCUGGAUCUGGAACUGGGUCUUCCCAGACGCAGUAGUAAGAAACUAUUGAAAACCAAAUCCCUGGGCGAGGGUGAGUUCGAUUUGAAGCCGUCGAAAGAAAGACUGACUGGGGUCCAGAACAUCCUCAAGCGAUUCGAGUCCAUGAGUUCGGUUACCUCUCAGACCUCGCAGAAUAGUGAGGAACAGGCGGCGUUCAAAUUGCGUCGCAUGGAGUCCACCACCAGCAAUCUGAGCAGCUUGACCCGCUCCAGGGAAUCACUGGUCUCGGCCAGCGAUUCGAUGAGCGAUUUGGACAAGACCAUGGAGUACCUGCGCAAUGAAUGGCGCAACGAGGCCACCAACUUUUUGCAGAAGAAGCGCGACAAGUUCUACGCUCAAAAGGAGGAAAAGCCAAAGGAGGUUAGGGUUCAGGCUAAACCAGAUCCUUUUAACGAUCUACCUGUGCAGUAUCGCGACUCCAAGCUGGCCAAAUUCUUUGGCCUAAACGCUCGCAAAUCACCCGAAAAGCGAAUGUCUCCCAUUAAGAAAAAGAAAUCUCCCUCUAAAGCGCCCAAGGUGGCCAAGGCAAACAACUCGCUGGAGGAGCUGGCCAAGAUUGGCAGCGUUCGCCAGGCCAAGCAGGCGCAGAAGAAGGCACCCAAAAUUGUGCAACCGAAGCCCUUAAAGCCAGCCACUCCUGUUCCAGAUGAUUUUGAGGUUCUUGAUCUGCUGGACAAGGCCACAGAGGCCAAAGAGCUGGAACGCUCAAAGACCAAGAGUCCGGCUGUGGAACCCACUAAAGCGGUGCCCAUUGAAGCCGUAGUGGAAGCUGUAGUUGAAGUUCCCCUACCAGUAGAAGACAUUAAGAAUCUACCCAAGACAGGCUGUGAUAAGUCCUCGAACAACUCACGUCGUGGCUCGCAAUCCAGUUUGGCUAUGUCGCGGCGGCAGUCGGAGAUUUCUUUGAACGAGAAACUCAACCAGGAGGCACUCGUGGCCUUGAGCCACUUGGAAAAGGAACGGGAGGCGGAGCAGGUGAACGAACUGUUCCAGGGCAUGGUGGAGGACAUGGAUCAGGAACCGCAGCCUGUUGCCAUUGCUGAGUCCCAGGAGGAUGACAUUGAUGCGGACUCCCUGUGCACCACAAUCAGCAAGAGUCCCAGCGCCCAACCAGUCACGGUGGUCAAACGGGGCAGUUCCGAGGAUCAGAGCAUCGAGAAGCUUUUUAAUCACUUCUCCGAUGAGAUGUUGGUCAAUGUGGAGUUCGAUUCCAACGAUGAACUGGUGGGCAUCACACCAAGGGCCACACUCGUUUCCAGAAAGUCAGCGGAUCGGGAUUAUUUGGAUAAGCUGGAAUCUCUGGAACGGGACGAGGAGGCUUUCCGGCCGACUAUUGGGGAGAAAUUCCAGCAGGACAAUGGCCAGGAUGAAGUGGAUGGCAACCACUUUCCAUCACGCCCGCAGCGCAGACCCAAGAGCAGUUCUUCUUCCAGUGAACCAUCGCUGCCGGUGGCUCCUCAAAGGCUGAAGAAAAGGCUGUCAAAACUGGAUCCUGGGGAUAUGGCUCCCUCUGUACAGGAUCUCCUACAUCAGGUUUACAUUAAGAAUGUUCAGCCUCAAAUCUUGGAAGUAGUUCCAAUCGAAGGCAGUCAAACAUUGAGGUUUCCAAGCAUGUUGGCGGAGGUAGAUAUGGACCAAGUGGAUCAUCCGAAAGAGCUAAUCAAAGAAAAUGGUUCGGCUACUGAAGAAGACAAAGAGGUGAAAGUUACCCAACCAGAAGAGGUUCCUCAGGCCGUUGCAAGCCCUCAAAAACCAACAAUCAGUCAGAGUAAUUCGCUCAAGAGCGAGAACUCUUCCGGAAGCAGUCUAGUGGAGGUGCCAAAAAUUAUAACACCACCCAAGUCGAGUAGCAAGGAGAACUCCUCGGAUUGGGACAUGGAGAAGCUGCCCGCAUCGCCCAUGCCGCGCCGAAGGCUGCUCCAAGGCCACCAACAACCAUCGAAAGCCCAAAGUGUGGCCAGCAAAGAGAGCUCCCUGGAGUGGGACAUGGAGAAGCUGCCCAACAGUCCCAUGCUGCCUAGAAGGUACAAGAUGCGGCCCAUUUCACCCAGCACCAGUUCCGUGCAGCUUCUGAAUAAUCUAACCACCGACGCAGACGACGAGGCGGCCCAGCGACGCCUCAUCGAGGAUUUCGAGCAGGAGAGACGGCAGGCGCUGAUCAAGCGGGACGAGAGCUUCGAGGUCAUUGCGGCGGAGCAGCGCAGACGCGACUCCUUGCAGAGCAGCAGCAACUCGAGUGGCAAGCGCAGCUUACCACCGCCCACGCCGCCCACGAAGAUGGGAUCCCGGCGAGGCACCACUCAGGACACGAAUCGCACCCAGGACACGGCCACACGGCACGAGGGCACGCCGCCGAUGUUCAAGAAGUUGGAUGUCGAUGGCAGCGCCACCUCGAUGGACUCCACCACCUGUUCCACGCGACGCAGCUCGUUUGCAUUUAUAGAGUUACAGGACAACAAGCCGGUCAUUGUGCCCAUGCCCAAGAAGCUGAAGCUGCCGAAGCCGGACCAGCCCAGGUUCAUUCCCGAGCCGGUGGCCAUUGAUGAGCCCGUGCCCGAGGUGUUCCAAGGUCGAUCCUGGCCCAAGGCCCAGCUCGAGGGGGAGGGGGAGGGGGAUCCAGAGGAUCUGGAUGAGGAGGAGCAGGCGGAGAAACUUAGGAAACAGCUGCCCGAAUACGCUCGUUCGGAUUCCCCGCCAUCGGCUGCUUUCAAGAACCGCAAGUGGCCGGAUGGAAAAACGGUUUUCGACAAGCGUGCUGAAUCUCUAGAGGAGGAUGAUAUUUUCGCCGGAUUACUGGCCCCCAAGAAAAGAGGUUCGCAAAGAUUCAAGGAAAAGCCGCGUUCCCAAUCGCCGCAGCCCUUCAAACCGCUGGCCAAUAGCUCCCGUCAGAGCUCGAAGUCGUUUAGCGACCUCAAGAAAGGACCUUCGCUGCAAUCGUUGUCGGCGCAAUCCAGCCAGGACACGGACACACUCUCCACCACCACCACAGUGGCCACAGCUCGUCCUGUGAGCUACACCAGCUACGAUGACCCGAUGGACGCCAGUACGCAGGCCUUGCUGGAUCGCAGCAAACGAUUGCACAACCGCAAGAGGGAUUUCGUGAACGAGCGAGUGGUGGAGCGUAAUCCCUACAUGAGGGAGGUACUGCGCAGCACGGAUCGCAGGGAGUACGAUGAUGUGGACGAGGAUCUGACCAGCUACAGGCCCAGACACUAUGCCAGUUCCACGCUCAAUCGCUUUCCGAAAGCCUCGCCAAGGAAGAGCAACAACUACGACUACCUCAGUCCCAGCAGUGAUUACCUGGCCAGGAGAAGCUACAACAUACCCAGCAGCAGUGCCACUAGCGGCAGCAGCUACUAUCCAUCGACCAGCUCGCGUAGCUCACACCUGAGCGACCUGUUCCGACGACGCAGCCCCGCCAGCGGAUCCGCAUCCGUAUCCGCAUCCGCGCUUUCCGGCUACGGCAGCAAAGAGUCGUGCGUUAUCUCGAUCGGGCUAGCAGCCUCUGAUCGAGUUAGCCACUUGAUUGAAAGUAAAUGCACCUGGGUACGAUCUACGAAGGUUCAAACCGAGUCCGAGAGCACCUCGCCCGACGAGGUGGAGCUCAACUCUGCCACUGAGAUAUCCACCGACUCCGAGUUCGACAACGACGAGAUCAUACGCCAGGCGCCCAAAAUCUUCAUCGAUGACACCCAUCUAAGAAAACCCACUAAGGUCCAGGUCAAGUCCACCAUGAUCGGACCCAAUGCAGCCGCUGCCGGUCUCCAUCAGAAGCAGCUGGCGGCGCGGGAGAAGGGUGGCAGCUACCUCCAGAAGUACCAGCCCCAGCCGCCGCUGCCGCAGUUCAAGCCACUGGUGCAGGUGGACCCCACCCUGCUGAUCAGCAGCCAGCGUGCUCCUCUGCAGAAUCCCCGGCCAGGUGACUACCUGCUGAACAAGACGGCCAGCACGGAGGGCAUUGCCUCGAAGAAGAGUUUGGAGCUGAAGAAGCGUUACCUGCUGGGCGAACCGGCCAACGGCAACAAGAUCCAGAAGUCGGGCUCCACCUCGGUGCUGGACUCGCGCAUCCGCAGCUUCCAGUCGAACAUCUCGGAGUGCCAGAAGCUGCUGAAUCCCAGCAGCGACAUCAGUGCCGGCAUGCGCACCUUCCUCGAUCGCACAAAGCUGGGCGAGGGCAGCCAGUCGGCCGGACAGUCGGCCAACGAGCUGAUGCGCUCCGCCACCAGCAACGUGAUCAACGACCUGCGCGUGGAGCUGCGGAUACAGAAGGCUCCGUCCAGUCACUCCACGGACAACGAGAAGGAGAACGUGUUCGUGAACUGCAAGAACGAGCUGAACAAGGGCAUGGAGUACACGGAUGCGGUGAACGCCACGCUGCUGGACCAGCUGGCGCGGAAGAGUUCGCCCACCACGCCCACGAACAACAAGACGGUGAUCGAGGUCAUCGACCUGGUGACCCCAGAGAAGCCGGUCGCCAUCAUCGAUCUCACUGCCCUGGAGUCGCCCAAGAAGCAGUUGGUGGACGGUGGUGCCAUGGAUGUGGACGAUCGCCUUACACCGGACAGCAACAAGAUCAGCGAGUUGCAGCAGCAGGAGGUUAAGGUGAAGGUGAAGGAGGAACCCAAGCCGGAUGUGUCACGGGAUGUGAAGGAGUGCAUCCCAGACAUACUGGGGCACAUCAAGGAGGGCGCCGGAGCGAAGGAGCAGGUUGGUGGCGAGGAGCAGCAGAGUCUGCUGGAGCAGUCCGACGAGGAGAAGCGCGACUCCCCCGAGAAGGAUGUGGCCGAGCAUGAGCUUUACGAGCCGGACAGUGUGCAGAUCCAGGUGCCCAAUAUCCCCUGGGACAAGACCAAGCCGGAGGUCAUGUCCACCACCGGCAGCAGUGGCUCCAUCUGCUCCAGCUCCGACUCGUCCAGCAUCGAGGACAUUCAGCACUACAUUCUGGAGUCCACGACCAGUCCGGACACCCAGACAGUAGGCGGCAAGCACAAUGUGCCCCGGCUGGAGGUGCACGACACUAGUGGCGCCUUGAUGCAGGUGGACAGCCUGAUGAUUGUGAACGGCAAGUACAUUGGGGAUCCCGAUGACGUUAAGUUCUUGGACAUGCCGGCCGAUGUGAUUGUUCCGCCCGCAGCUGCGGCGCUGAAAACCAGUGAACUGGAGAUGGAGGAUGACCACGAGACGGAGCCAGUGACAGCCACGCCCGAGCCGGCGGAGUGCACGGUCAUCGCUGCCCCGCCGCCGCUGCCCGAGAUGGGACCACCAACACUGAAGUUCGACACCAAAAACGAGAACAAGAUCGAGAGCCUGAAGAACCUGCCGCUGAUCGUGGAGAGCAAUGUGGAGCACAGUCAGGCGGUGAAGCCCAUUACGCUUAAUUUGAGCAGUUUGGCCAGGACGCCAGACACUCCGACCACGCCCACGGGGCACGAUAGCGACAAAACGCCCACCGGCGAGGUGCUGUCCCGAGGAUCCGAUUCGGAAACAGAGCUCACGGCCACCGGACAGGGGCUAACGGAAACGGAACUCUCCGACUGGACGGCCGACGAUUGCAUCUCGGAGAACUUUGUGGACAUGGAGUUUGUGCUCAACUCGAACAAGGGCACGAUUAAGAGGCGCAAGGAGCGGCGUCGUGGUGGAGCAAACAAGCUGCCCAGUGGGAACGAGGUCAUCCAGGAGCUGGCCCGACAGGCGCCAGUGGUGCAAAUGGACGGGAUCCUCAGUGCCAUCGACAUUGAUGACAUUGAGUUCAUGGACACGGGAUCGGAGGGUUCCUGUGCCGAGGCUUAUUCCGCCACAAAUACGGCCCUCAUUCAGAACAGGGGUUACAUGGAGUACAUCGAGGCGGAACCCAAGAAGACGACACGCAAGGCAGCUCCGCCGUCCAGUUACCCCGGCGGCGGCAACCUACCGCCGCUGGUGACGAAGCGGGACGAGAAACUGGGCAUUGAUUACAUCGAGCAGGGGGCGUACAUAAUGCACGACGAUGCCAAGACGCCGGUGAACGAGGUGGCACCCGCCAUGACCCAAUCCCUGACAGACUCCAGCACCCUCAACGAACUGGACGACGACAGCAUGGCUGGGAUGGGCUUGUCCCAGACGCAGCCGACCACAACGGAGGAGAGUGAGGCGUUGACGGUGGUCACCAGCCCACUGGACACGUCGUCGCCCCGGGUGCUCGAUCAGUUCGCCUCCAUGUUGGCAGCGGGCAAGGGCGAUUCGACGCCCAGCAGCUCGGAGCAGCAACCAAAGACAUCCACGGUGACCAGCAGCAGCAGCGGUCCCAACUCCUCGACGCCUGGCAACGCAUCCAAGGAGGGGCCUGUCCAGGAGGAGGAUCUGCAGAUCCAGUUCGAGUAUGUGCGAGCGCUGCAGCAGCGCAUCUCGCAGAUCAGCACCCAGCGGCGCAAGAGUUCCAAGGGCGAGGCGCCCAACCUGCUGCUGGCCAAUGCGAGCGCACCUGUGAUAGAGUCUGUCGAGGAUCAGCCCAGGCCCGCUGAGGAGAAUGUCGCCUCGAUGCGGUCGCGCAGCACCAGCAUUUCCGGCAAGGUACCUGAGAUUCCCACGCUCAGCAGCAAGCUGGAGGAGAUCACCAAAGAGCGCACCAAGCAGAAGGACCUCAUCCACGACCUGGUCAUGGACAAGCUGCAGUCGAAGAAGCAGCUGAACGCCGAGAAGCGUCUGCACCGGAGUCGCCAGCGCAGUCUGCUGACCAGCGGCUAUGCCAGUGGCGCCAGCCUGAGUCCCACGCCCAAGUUGGCCGCUGCCUGCAGUCCGCAGGAUUCGAACUGUUCCAGCCAGGCCCACUACCAUGCCUCCACGGCGGAGGAGCGGCCGAAGCCGACGGCGGAGAGGCCGUUGCAAAAGUCCGCCACGUCCACCUAUGUGUCGCCCUAUCGCACUGUCCAGGCGCCCACACGCACUGGAGAUCUCUACAAGCCCCGUCCAUUCAGCGAGCACAUUGAUGCCGUUGCCCUGACAGGCUACAAGCUAGGCAAGACGGCUUCGUUUCAUGGCGGAAAGUUGGCUGACUUUGCCACGCCAAUUGCUCCGGUGAGAGUUAACCGCGGAGGAGGAGGAGGAGGAGUGGCUGCACCGGAUAUAGCCAGCAUUUCCGCCUCGACGGAGAAUCUGAGAAGCGAGGCCAGAGCUAGGGCUCGACUCAAGUCCAACACGGAGCUGGGCCUCAGUCCCGAGGAGAAGAUGCAGCUCAUCCGCUCACGUCUGAACUACGACCAAAGCAGGGCGCUCAAGCCAAAGCAGCUGGAGGAGAUGCCGUCCGGCGAUCUGGCGGCCCGUGCCCGCAAAAUGAGUGCCUCGAAGAGUGUCAACGACCUGGCCUACAUGGUGGGUCAGCAGCAGCAGCAGCAGCAGUUGCAGCAGCCGCCGCUGGAUCAGGAUGCCGUGCUGCAGGCCAAGGCGGCGGACUUCACCUCCGAUCCCAAUUUGGCCGCCGGUGGCCACGAGAAGUCGGCGAAAACGAAGUCCGGCCGCCGGCCAAAGGAUCCGGAGCGGCGCAGGAGUCUCAUACAGUCGUUGUCCAGCUUUUUCCAGAAAGGAACUGCAUCGGCGUCCGCAUCGGCGGCCACCAGUCCCAAGGAGCAGGGCGUCGCUGUGGCUGCCGGCCACUCUGAGCCGUCAGAGCGACCCGGCACCAGCAGCAGCGGCACGCCCACAAUCUCGGAUGCGGCGGGCGGAGGCGGAGGCGGCGGAGUAGGUGGCGUCUUCAGUCGAUUCCGCAUCUCGCCCAAGUCCAAGGAGAAGUCAAAGUCUUGCUUUGAUCUGAGGAAUUUCGGUUUUGGUGACAAGGAUAUGCUCGUCUGCAACGCUACAACUGCAGCAGGAGCCACAUCACAGACCACAAACCACUCGCAAGAGUAUCUGAACACCGCGCACAACAGUCGCUACCGAAAGCAAACGAACACCACGAAACCGAAACCCGAAUCGUUCUCCUCAUCCAGCCCGCAGCUCUACAUACACAGGCCCCAUCACCUGGCCGGAGGUCAUCCAGGCGCCCUGGACGACCAGACACCACCGCCCAUACCGCCUCUGCCACUGAACUACCAGAGAUCCGAUGAUGAGAGCUACGCUAAUGAGACACGGGAGCAUAAGAAGCAACGUGCCAUAUCGAAGGCUUCACGACAAGCUGAGCUCAAGCGAUUGCGAAUCGCUCAAGAGAUUCAGCGGGAACAGGAGGAGAUUGAGGUGCAGCUAAAGGACCUGGAGGCACGCGGCGUGCUCAUUGAGAAGGCCCUGCGGGGCGAGGCGCAGAAUAUUGAAAACCUGGACGCGACUAAGGACAACGAUGAGAAGCUACUUAAGGAACUUUUGGAGAUUUGGCGCAACAUCACAGCACUCAAGAAACGCGAUGAGGAACUGACCAUUAGGCAACAGGAACUGCAGUUGGAGUAUCGGCACGCCCAGCUCAAGGAAGAGCUCAAUCUGCGCUUGUCCUGCAACAAACUGGACAAAAGCUCCGCCGAUGUGGCCGCCGAGGGUGCAAUACUCAAUGAGAUGCUGGAAAUUGUCGCCAAGCGAGCGGCCCUACGACCCACAGCCUCCCAACUGGACCUCACGGCAGCGGGAUCGGCAUCGAACUCAGCCGAGGCAACGGGCAUUAAGCUAACCGGACAACCGCAUGACCACGAAGAAUCGAAUAUUUGAAUAGCAAACUUUCCCUGGAGUGUGCUGGUCGGCGAAGUUUUAAACGGACUGUUGAGCCUAAAUACUUAAGAUGACACAGGAGAGAACGUACCAAAAAGGCAGCUGAAGAUUAACAAUUAACAAUACUAGAACCCAUGAGCUGUAACCGAAACGAGCAACUAACUAUUCAGAGUGAUUAAGCAGGCAGAGAACAAUUUCAAUAUAUAUAUUUAAGUAGUAAGCCUAACUAGUUUCCGAGAUGCGCGCAAGGUUGGUGUAAAAACAGGCAGAGAAGAAAUCAAAACCAAAAACUAAUUUCGCAAUUUGAAAGUAAGGACAGGAGUACGAUUGUUUUCGAGAAUACCUUUAGUUUUGUAUACAACCUAAUUGUAUGUUUAGUUAGUCGUUGCCACUGAAAUCUGUCUGAACUUUGUAAGUCCUAUGCAAUAUGUUUUGUUUUUUUAGUGCGUUGAUUUGAUGUGUGAUUUCGAGCAAUUGUAAAUGGUCUAUUUGAGUUUUCUUAGGUUACUUCACUUAGCGAUUGUUUGUCGAUUUCUGUGUAUACCGUUUGAAUGUAUUAUUAUUUAUUUGAUGAAGCACCCGCACAUCCUCCCAAACAGCACAACCCAUGUAUGUAAUAUGUCAUCUGCUGCCCAACCAAAUUCAAAGCAAACACAAAGAGAUGCACACAAAUAUUUUCUAUAUGCGAGAACCUACAUAUAUUGAUGUAAGGGAGCGAAGCAAACAUUAACUGUAACUAAUGAAAUGAUUUAAAUUAUUGUGUAAUUUUAUUUAUAACCUGCAUAUAUAAACAUAUUUAUCGAAUUUAUUAUGUAACUUUUCGAUUUAUUUUGAAUUGAAUAAAGAUUUUACGAAACCUAAA